ACGAAGAGAUCCAGAAACACCUCGGCUUUCGAAAGCGGAGGAUAGCGCCUAAGACUUGCACAAUCUCAACCACAGAAAGGGAAGGAAGGAAUCUUGUGUGAGACAGCUUCAACGAUGAUAGUGAAACUUCUGGCCGUCAUGCUGAUUGGCGUGUGCGCCACCUCGGCCGACCGGAACCUCGCCAGCUUCGUGGCUGGACGCCCCAUCAGCCACGGCGUUCCGGGCGCCCAGACCUUCGGAGGCGUGCCCUCCUUCCAGCGGCCGCAAGUAGACCCCCGACCCCCGAGCUUCCAGCGGCCGCAAGUAGACCCCCGACCCCCGAGCUUCCAGCGGCCGCAAGUAGACCCCCGACCCCCGAGCUUCCAGCGGCCGCAAGUAGACCCCCGACCCCCGAGCUUCCAGCGGCCGCAAGUAGACCCCCGACCCCCAGGGUUCACUGUGUAUGGGUGAUUUAUCAUCAUCAGCCUCAAGAGAUAAUUCGCAAGCAUGCCCUUUCCUCAGUAAUUUCUUAUAGCAUUAAAAACUGAAUUCAG